UCAUUUGAAGUUUUCUUCGUCCCUUAUCUAUAUAACUCAGGUUUGAAAAAACUACCUGUGAUAUAUAUCUUUGAAAUAUAAUACCAUUAUGGGUUCUCAAGGAUUUAACAGCAGUGAGUUAUCCCAAGGUCAAGCCCAUUUGUUCAAGCACAUGCUAUCCUACGCAACUUCCAUGUCUCUAAAAUGUGCAAUUCAGCUAGGCAUACCAGACAUAAUCCACAACAAUGGCCAAGGCCAAGGCCAACCCAUUACUCUCCCUGAGUUGGUCUCUGCCCUUCAACUUGCUCCAGCUCAAACUGGUUUCCUCUACCGUCUGAUGCGCCUAUUAGUACACUCUGGCUUGUUCACAGCAAAGAAAGUUAUUAGCCAAAAUGACGAAGAAGUAGAUGCAUAUGGUCUCACACCUUCAUCUAGAUUACUUGUCACAAAUAAUGGUAAUAAUGAGGUCCCCAGCUUGUCCCCCUAUGUUCUUGCAGCGAUUCAUCCAGCUACAGUAACUUCAUUCCAUUUCCUUGGAAGUUGGUUCCAGCAGAAAGAUGCAACUCCAAGUCCAGCAACGCCAUUUCAUUUAGCUCAUGAUGGGAUUAGCUUUUUUGAUUACUGGGGAAAGAAUACUGAAUACGGUGAUCUUUUGAAUGAUGCAAUGGCCGGUGAUUCAGGAAUGUUGAAGGCUGUUAUCAAAGAUUUCAAGCCUGUUUUUGAGGGACUGACUUCAUUGGUCGAUGUGGGUGGCAAUACAGGAGUCGUCUGUAAGAUUCUCAUUGAAGCAUUUCCUCACCUGAAAUGCUCAGUGCUUGAACUAUCACAUGUGGUUGCUGAUUUACCUAAUACUGAAAACUUGAAGUUUAUUGAGGGUGACAUGUAUCAAGCAAUCCCUCAAGCUGAUGCAAUUCUACUCAAGUCUGUUUUGAGUGGUUGCAGUGAUGAAGAAUGCCUGACGGUUUUGAAGAAAUGUAGAGAAGCCAUCCCAAGCAAUGGUGGAGGAAAGAUUGUCAUAAUAGACAUUGUAAUGGAUAGCAAAAAUGAUGAACAUGAAAUGUUGGAAGCUAAGCUCUCCUAUGAUUUGUUAACAUUGGUUUGUCUAACUGGGAAAUGGAGAAGCCCAAAAGAUUGGGGAAAGCUCUUCUUGGAAGCUGGUUUCACUCACUAUAAAAUCACACCCAUAUAUGGUUUAAACUCACUAAUUGAGGUUUCACCUUGAUUAGAAUAUCACAAAAUCAGUAUAUAUGUUAUGUGACCCUUGAAAUAAGCAUGUGAUAACUAUUGUGACUAUAAUUGAGCACAAUAAAAUUGUCAAUAUGCAAAGUGUUCAUCAGCAAGGGAACUCUAGUUUCUUUUUCGAAAACUUUUUCUGUAUUAUUUUCUUUCAUGUAAUGCAAUUGGAGUUAAAAAUAACUUUAUAUGAUCUGGAGAUUUUAAUUCUUUGAGUAAUUAUUGUACUUUUAAUUUCGUUUAAUAAGGAUAUGGUAGAAUUGGACUUUGGAAUGAAAUCAUAUCUUCAAUUUAUUUCAUAAA